AGAAGCUUCUGUACUUUGAAAAAUCUCUUUUCUAAUAUUUGUAAGAUUCCACUUAUUUUCAGUUUUGCCCCAUCUUUUCCUGCUGCUGUCUGAAGGAAUUUUACUGACAACCUAAGACUGAGUUACUUCUGAGAUAGGUACAGGUCACUAAUGUUACACUGAUCUCUGAGUUCCAUCUCAGGGGCUGUACUGUCACUUAAAUACCUCAGGUUUCAGAGUAACAGCCGUGUUAGUCUGUAUUCGCAGACUACAGUAUGGAUCCACAGCAUGGAUCCGAUGAAGUGAGGUGUAGCUCACGAAAGCUUAUGCUCAAAUAAAUUGGUUAGUCUCUAAGGUGCCACAAGUACUCCUUUUCUUUUUAAAUACCUCAAGGAAUUAGUCAUGGGUACUUCACUAGUAGUUUCAUCAAUCAAAUUACCAAGGUGAAAAUAUCUUGGUGUCUAUGCCGCUGUCUUAACUUCUUAUAUAACAGAAGCCUCAAAAAUGUUUUUAAAAUGUUCAGAGGAUGAACAUAUCAAUAAUUAAAGAGGCACUUUUGACUUGAAAUUUUAGCUUUUAAAAAAAGGUUUAACCUAACAGUAGUUUCAGGAACUAUUCUUGCCAUUUAGUCCCCCUUCCAGUUUUUGUGGUUUUAAACUACACUUUCUUGUUUUAAAGUUUUCUCUACCCUGUUGCUUUGUGAAAGACCCACAGGAAUAAAAGGGGAAAUUGAUUCAUUGACUAUACAGGGGAAACAGUGAAAGUCAUUACACACAAAAGUAUUUUCAAAUGUGCAACAUAAACAAAUUACAAUAUAUAUUUUUCUUUAAGUUAUAGUAAUCUUUAGUGCUACAUGUAAUAACAGCACAUUUACAGUCAUAAAUGGGAUUUUUUUUUAAAUUGAUAGUCUCUUUAAAAGAAAGGUAUAAGUAGGAAAAUUCCCGAGUGUAAAUCACGAAAGGAAAAUGCCAUAAUGAUAAUACUUUACACCUAUUUAAGAUACCAUCCUUCAAGAUGAUGAAUGCCUCCCGUGAGGUGCAGAGUGCCCUCAAUUCCCAUUAAAGUGAACAGGAACUGAAGGUGCUCAGCACCUUGUAGGAUCAAGUAACUUCACCACUCUGAUCCUGUUACAGCAGUAGUAUUGUCCCCAUUUUACAGACAUGAAGAGUCUUUCCCAAGGUCAUAUAACAAAUUGGUGGGCUGAGAACUGAACCCAUAUAUAGUAUGUGUUUGGUACAACGUACCGUGGUUAUACCAUUACACAGAUAUGUUAUCAGUGUUCAAGUGAAUGGCUAACAUUUUAUUAAUUAUAGCAUAUGCCAGACUUAAGUUUUUAUUUAUAUUCCCUACUACAGUACAUAAUUAUAGUGUAAAUUUCAUUUUGGAUAGUUUAUUUUCCUGUUAUUACAGAUUGGUGUGAAGCCUCUUGACCUAGAUGUACCACGUAGAAAAGAACCUGAAAUGAAUCCAGGAUUCCUGAGUCUCAGCAUUAUUCCUCUGUCUGGCCUGGAUGUUAGGAGACCAUGCUUCAAGGGUUAAGGAAUGCAUGAAAAUAUUAUUUUUCAUUCAUGUGAGUGUCACUCUGUUCUGACUCACUCUUGUUUUAGAAAUACUACUACAUUCUGUUCUAAUUUUCCAGAGCUCCUUAAUCUUCUUCCAGGUUCUUAAUGAUGUAGUCAAUAAUAGGAUUGUUGGUAUUAAUUUGGAACAAUAAUGCCAGCUGCAUGCUUGGUGGCUAUUGGCAGAGGGGUGACCUUGCUGGUCAGCUAAGCAGUCCUAGAAGUGCUUUGAUCUGAUCUAUACAGAGCUAGAGCUGUCUAUUCUAACAAGGGAAGCUAGUGAGGUCUCUCUGCAUGGGAUGCUGAUUCUUCUCCAAAGAGCACUGAGGACAGCAUGGCAGUGGCAUUUGAUGCAAUGCUGGCUCGGGUCAAGGAUGUUUGUAAAAGAAAUGGUUUGCUCAUUCUGUCAGUAUUGUCUGUCAUAGUGGGAUGUCUUCUUGGAUUCUUCCUCAGGACCAGGCGGCUCUCUCAGCAGGAAAUUAGUUAUUUCCAAUUCCCCGGGGAGUUAUUGAUGAGGAUGCUGAAAAUGUUGAUUCUACCACUGGUUGUCUCAAGCUUAAUGUCUGGGCUAGCAGCCUUGGAUGCCAAGACUUCCAGUCGAUUAGGCAUCAUAACCGUCACUUACUAUCUGUGGACAACAUUUGUGGCUGUGAUUGUGGGAAUAAUUAUGGUCUCCAUUAUCCAUCCUGGUGGAGCAGCCCAGAAGGAGAACACUGAAGAGAGUGGAAAGCCAAUUAUGAGCUCUGCAGAUGCACUGCUAGACUUAAUUCGGAACAUGUUUCCAGCCAACCUUGUUGAGGCCACAUUCAAACAGUAUCGCACCAAGAGCAUUCCUAUCGUCAAAUCCAACAAGGCAGCUUCUGAAAGCACCACUCGUCGGAUCAUAAUAUAUGGGGUCCAGGAUGAGAAUGGAUCCAAUGUCCAGAAUUUUGCCCUGGAUAUCACUCCCCCUCCAGAAGUGAUUUACAAAUCUGAGCCAGGCACCAGCGAUGGCAUGAACGUGCUGGGGAUUGUGAUAUUCUCUGCCACCAUGGGUAUAAUGCUGGGCAGAAUGGGUAACAGUGGAGUUCCCUUGGUCAGUUUUUGCCAGUGUUUAAAUGAAUCUGUCAUGAAGAUAGUGGCAGUUUCUGUGUGGUAUUUUCCUUUUGGAAUAGUGUUUCUUAUUGCUGGCAAGAUCUUGGAAAUGGAUGAUCCUACAGCUAUUGGGAAGAAGUUGGGCUUUUAUGCCAUUACUGUGGUUUGUGGUCUGGUGGUUCAUGGACUGUUCAUUCUGCCAAUGAUGUACUUCUUUAUCACCAAGAAAAACCCCAUUGUUUUCAUCAGAGGGAUUCUUCAAGCCUUGCUAAUUGCUCUGGCCACAUCAUCCAGCUCAGCCACAUUGCCUAUAACUUUCAAGUGCUUGCUGGAGAAUAACCAUGUUGACAGAAGGAUUGCCAGAUUUGUGUUGCCUGUUGGGGCCACGAUCAACAUGGACGGAACUGCCCUCUACGAAGCGGUGGCAGCAAUCUUUAUUGCUCAAGUAAAUAAUUAUGAGCUGGAUUUUGGACAGAUUAUUACUAUAAGUAUCACAGCAACAGCUGCCAGCAUAGGUGCUGCAGGGAUCCCACAAGCUGGCCUUGUGACUAUGGUCAUUGUUCUGACAUCAGUUGGGCUGCCUACAGAUGACAUCACUUUAAUUAUUGCAGUUGACUGGGCAUUAGACAGAUUUAGAACAAUGAUCAAUGUGUUGGGAGAUGCCCUAGCUGCUGGAAUCAUGGCUCAUGUCUGCAGAAAGGAGUUCACCAAGGAUGGUGAUGAGGUGCCAUUGAUCUGUGAACCUAAACCCAUCAGCAUUCAUCAAAUCAUGGCUUACCAGAGAAAUGGAUGUGUGAAGAACAUGAGUGAGUCUCGUGGACCAGAAACAGUGAAAGCGUUUCAGCACCACAUACCUAUACAAGUGGAGCAAGAACUAAACCCAGCUGGGAACCACACAAAGAAAUCCAACAGUAAAGACCACUGCACUAUUGAAAUCAAUGAACUGGAAACAAAUGUGUAAUUGCUACGUUUGAUGGUAUCUGAUACCCAGUGACCUGGUACCCAAAUCACUACCUCACAGCUGGAGAGAGGACUCUGUCUUAUAUGGAAAAAAAUGUGGAGUUAUGGUCAGCAUGCUUGUACCGGAGCUAGGAGAUGAGCUGUGAUCAGAAAAGAUACAAGGGGCUUGAAAGAGAUCAGGGGCUUCUUUAGGGGGAUGAUUUUAAUACUGGGAAAUUAACCAAUGGACAACUUUGGUUCUUUCUGGGCAAACUGAUUUGAUUCCAGUAUAGUAUCUGACACUCCUUUUUUGCUUUGGCUUUUUUAUUUAACCCCUUUUUAAUUAUUUCUGACGAAAGCCUUUUUUUUGCAUCUCACUAAUUACGAACAUGGCAUUUAUGUAGAUGUAUUGCUGCCAGAAACUAAUUCGCAAAACAUAUUGAAAGUGUGCUAAUUUCAUCUUCUCUUCUACUCCUUAAACAAAGAGUUUUCGUUUAGUUUUAGAAUAGCACUAAGAAAAUUGCACUGAUCUCAAGAGGCAAAUCUUUUGUAACUAAUAAUGCCACAAACUGAAAGCAGAGCAAAAUAUUUAUCUGCAAGAAAACACAUUCAAAAAGCUAUUCUGUUAUACACACUUCAAAGACAGGCAUCAAACUGCAAUACAUUGUUCAAAGAUGUCUAGAUUCUUGCAAAGGACAGUUUGCCUUCUAAGUGCCAGAUCCACACAGAAAUUUGUAAAAAUCUAUCUCUGCAGUAGAAUCAGUACAAUAUACCUGCAAUGGCAGAACCAUGCAAGCCCUAACACAUAAGCAUUGGUGCUAAAGAGUGUUCAGUGUUCUCUCCUUUUAUUUAGAGAUUGUUCCACUGUAUAUGUAUAAGCUCAGUGCUCAAAGCUCUUGACGAAUACGCUUCAUUCCAAGGGCAGAAUAAACACAGACUGGAAUCCAAUGCAGAUGAGUAAUAUUUGGGUUUUGUAGGGAGUUUGCUGUGGAAACUGGCUUUUUAUUUUUCAUUAUACCAUGGGUUGGACUAUACUGAAUGUUGUCUCUUUUUUCAGCCAUCUACUGAAUCUUCGGUUACAGUAAAUUCUGCUGGGUGUGUUACCAAUGUUUGCAAUGAAGAACAUUUUUAAAUAAACCUGAUGUUGUGAAAA